AUGCAACGCUCUUCGUCUGCAGUAGACUUUACUGCCAUCCUCAAUCCCACUCCUCCUUCUUCCGAACCUGUAACUCCCUCGCAAGAGACGCUUCCUACAACCACUGCCACCUCCACGAGUGCCUCAACCACCACCCAGACCGACAACAACAUGGCCGCCGCCGUCAGCCUGAUGCCUACUGCGGUAGUUCCGCAGUCGAACCACAACGAGGAGAGGCAGGAUCUGCCUCGCCCGUACAAGUGUCCGCUUUGCGAUCGAGCCUUCCACCGCUUGGAGCAUCAAACGAGACACAUUCGAACACACACCGGAGAGAAGCCUCAUGCCUGCCAGUUCCCUGGCUGUAGUAAACGCUUCAGUCGCUCCGACGAGUUGACUCGGCAUUCGCGCAUCCACAACAAUCCCAACUCUCGGCGAAACCAGAAGACUCAUCAAGUUGCCGCUGCUGCGGCCCUGGCUGGUCUUCAGGAUGGAUCGAACCAAGGCUUGGGCUCUCCGGCGCAUAUGAUGCCGCCGCCCAACAACAAGAAUAGUCUAGCCAGGUCUGCGCCUGCUUCUGCCAUCGGCUCGCCGAAUGUCUCCCCUCCUCACUCUUUCGCUGGCAUCCACUCUUCCCACGGUCCUCAUGUGCCCACGCACCUAGGACCUUAUGGACGAAGUGAUGAUCGGAAUGCGAUGGACAUCAAUCUUCUCGCUACAGCGGCUUCGCAGGUUGAGCGAGACGAGCAUGUCACGAGGGUGCCCUACCAGCAUCAGCAUCAUUUAUUCAGUCACCGCUCGCACAACAGCAACGGCCGUCUGCCGUCCCUAUCCGCAUAUGCCAUUUCUCACUCCAUGUCGAGGUCUCAUUCGCAAGAAGGACACGAAGACGACCACCGCGCGAAGAAGUCGAGGCCCAAUUCGCCUCAUUCCACCGCUCCUUCAUCGCCGACCUUUUCUCACGCCUCAAUCUCACCAACUCCUGAUCACACGCCGCUCGCCACUCCUGGCCAUUCUCCUCGCCUUCGGCCCCAUGGCAGCGACAUCCAGCUCCCAGGUCUCCGCCAUCUUUCUUUAGGCCACACACCGCUUCUGGCACCGAUGGAGCCUCAAGCCGAUGGGUCAUACUCACACAUUCCACCACCUCAGCACUCAGGCCCGUCCAUCGCCGACAUUGUCACUGGAACCCAACGGAAACUGCCUGUGCCUCAGCUCCCAAAACUUGGAGUUUCUGAAAUGCUGGGCAUACCUGCAGGGCUGAGCUCCGGCGAAUCAAGUACAGCGGCAUCAAUCAACGGAGACUUUGGUCGGUGA